AUGAAUCGAAUUGAGUGUUGUCCCGUAGAUGUUGCUCUUGUCUCUGAACAAGUUGUUGCCUCGGUGACUUCCGACUCUCUGACAUUAUUUUCGACGGAAUGCUCAACAGUUCUCGAGACAUAUCGAGCUAAUUCUAUAGUCAACGUCUAUGCUGAUAAAGACCAUAUUCACAUGAUAGGUGCAAAGCCCUUGGUAUACACUGUUGAUGUAGAAAACUCGGCAGUCGAAUCAAAAGAAAUCUCCAGUUUGGCCAUGAUUUGCUGCUCGGAUUUCCUACGCGAAGAAAAUAAACUGCUCCUUUGCUCAGAAGAUUUAUCAAACAAAGUAGUAUUGUUAUACGACGUCAACACUCAUUCCGUCGUCAACAAGUUCAAGACCGACAGAGAAGUAACUUCUGUGAAAUUCCGAUCGAAGAACUUCGAAGUUAUGACUGCUGGGAAAAACGGAAUCUGGAAAAUAUACGACAUCCGUGGUUCAUCCCAAAAUCCUGUCUCCACACAAUAUGAUCUUGGUGGACAGCUCCGUCUUCAAGGUCACACUGGUAGUGUUUCGUACUGUCUAUCACAUGUCAACGGAGCGAAUUCUUUAUAUACCUGGAAAGGUCAAGGCAGACCACAAAAACGGUGGGAAUACAGUGACAGAGAGUGGUUUGUCGGAUUGCUUCCCGGGGACAACCCUGAUGACACAUUUGCUGUUCAUGGAUUUUUUAAAAAUGCGCAGGCCAUCAUAACCAGUACGAAGAACUUACCUGCACACAAAACCAAGUACUUUCACAAGUACGGAACUAAAGACGAGAGUGGUCAUUUCUGCAUGAAUGAGUUGAACAAGAAAACAUUUGUGACCGCUUGUAAGACUGGAAUUGUAGUGCAGUCAGCCGAAUUCUCAGUUCCAGAUUACGCGAAGCAUACGGCUCGCCUAAAAGAUGCCGUUCGGAAACAAAAAAAAAGAAUGUUCGAAGACGUGGAACACAAAGAGAUGGAGAAAGUUCGGAUUCGGUGGGAAACCGAAGCCAAGAAAAACGAAGGACUCAAUGUGUUUGACACUCAUUUAAGCGAGGAGAGCUUUGAAAUCGGUGGAACUCUUGGCGCUGGAUCAUUUGGUGUUGUGUUCAAAGCAACAUCUAAGAAAACUGGAAAAGAUUUCGCGUUGAAGGUCAUGCCCAAUCGGUGCAGCGUCUACACUGAAAAGUUUGUGACGGAGCGUGAGCUUCUCAUCCAGCGAGAGAUGUCGCACAAGAACAUAGUCCCCAUGUACGCAGCGUUCCAAACAAAACUUUCCGUGUUCUUUGUCUAUGAAAUCAUGAAUGAAUCGCUUCAAGAUGUUUUAAAUAAGAAGAAGCCGAUGUUGCUCGCUGUUAAUGAAACCGCUUGGUUAACGGAGUGUGUGGCAUCUGGAUUGUGUUAUAUACACAAACGUGGAGUACUUCAUCGAGAUUUGAAGCCUGAUAACAUUUUAUAUGAUAAAAAUGGACUGGCAAAAAUUUCGGAUUUCGGUGUUGCCACCGACGAAAGACACGGAACGAUUUGUGGAUCUCCGGGUUAUAUUGCCCGGGAAGUCAUCUCCAGACAGAAACAAACUCCCGCCCUCGAUUGCUUCUCUUUGGGAGUGAUCCUCCAUCGAUCCUGCGUUGGCCGAACCCCUUUCGAGUUACCAGAUGGACACGUUAGUGACGAAUAUGUCACAAAAUGCAAGUAUAGUCCCCCAGUCUCCAUGAAUUUGAGUGUUCGAGAAGUGACUACGAAUUUGAUCAAAAAGAGCCCAAGUGAACGUUGGACUGCUAAACAGGUGCUGUACAGCCAGCUGGUUACCGACUUCCAGCACCAGCGAGAAUACAAUCUGCAAAAACUUGUGAGAGACAACGAAUUGUUAUCAUCUAAAGACGUGAACACUUGCCUCAAUCUCCCGCUUACUGAAUGA